UCCCGGGCAGAACAGCAAAAGGAAUCCAAGUGGUUGGUGGUGAGCCAUGGCAAGCAGCUCCCAAGAAGUUCCUGCCGCUGCGAGGAAGCUGGAGGGCAAGGUGGCGGUGAUCACCGGCGGCGCGAGCGGCAUCGGCGCGUGCACGGCGCGGCUGUUCGUGAAGCACGGCGCCCGCGUCGUGGUCGCCGACAUCCAGGACGAGCUCGGCGCGAGCCUCUGCGCCGAGCUCGGCCCGGAGAACUCCAGCUACGUGCACUGCGACGUGUCCGACGAGGCCGACGUCGCCGGCGCCGUGGACCACGCCGUGGCUAGGUUCGGGGGGCUGGACGUCAUGCUCAACAACGCCGGCAUCUCCGGCGAGAUGUGCUUCAGCAUCCGGGACGGCGCCAAGGAGGAGCUGGAGCGCGUGCUGGCCGUGAACGUGGUGGGCCCGUUCCUGGGCACGAAGCACGCGGCGCGGGUGAUGGUGCCCGCUCGCCGGGGCUGCAUCAUCUCCACGUCGAGCUUGGUGUCGGCGGUGGGCGGCGCGGGGCCGCACGCGUACACGACCUCGAAGCACGCCCUGGUGGGGCUCAUGAAGAACGCGGCGGCGGAGCUGGGCCGGCACGGGAUCCGCGUCAACUGCGUCGCCCCCGCGGCGGUCGCCACGUCGAUUGCGCCCCCGGGGAUCGGCGGCGUGGACGUCGAUGCGCUCAUGGAGGCCGCGGCGAACCUCAAGGGCGUGGGCCUCAAGGUGGACGACGUCGCCGCCGCGAUGCUUUUCCUCGCAAGCGACGACGCCCGGUACGUGAGCGGGCAGAACCUGCUCGUCGACGGCGGCUUCUCCGUCGUCAACCCGUCCCUAGGUUUCUUCAGGGACUGAGAUGGUUACCCAAGAUCGACACAUACUUGCAAGCACGCGUUUCUAGAAUGAGAAGGGAAGAAGAUAUACAGUUUUCAUUACCCUGAAAUUUGUAUUUUCCAAAAAAAAUUCGCAUUAUCAAAUUCGAUUUUUCAUUAUCCUACAAUGCCAGCUUUUCAGAA